GCCCGCCCAGGCUCCCGCUCCGCGCCGCCGCCCCUCCCCCGCGCGCGCUCCGUCAGCCUCUCCCUCUCCCCUCUCUCCUUCCUCUCUCGCACCUGAGCUCGCGCACCUGCCCGGCCCGGCUCCGCUCCCGCCUCCUUCUUGCCCCUCCCUCUCCGCCCCGGCCGGAAGGCUCUGAUCUCGGCCGCGGGAGCCUCGCGGCUGCGUCACCACCGCCCCCCCCAGACAAGAUGGACACCGCCGAGGAAGACAUAUGUAGAGUGUGUCGAUCAGAAGGAACACCUGAGAAACCUCUUUAUCAUCCCUGUGUAUGUACUGGCAGUAUUAAGUUUAUCCAUCAAGAAUGCUUAGUUCAGUGGCUGAAACACAGUCGAAAAGAAUACUGUGAAUUAUGCAAGCAUAGAUUUGCUUUCACACCAAUUUAUUCCCCAGAUAUGCCUUCACGGCUUCCAAUCCAAGAUAUAUUUGCUGGACUGGUUACAAGUAUUGGCACUGCUAUAAGAUACUGGUUUCAUUAUACACUUGUGGCCUUUGCCUGGUUGGGAGUUGUUCCUCUUACAGCAUGCCGCAUCUACAAGUGCUUGUUUACUGGCUCUGUGAGCUCACUACUGACACUGCCACUGGACAUGCUGUCCACGGACAAUUUAUUGGCAGACUGUCUGCAGGGUUGUUUUGUGGUGACAUGCACACUGUGUGCAUUCAUCAGCCUGGUGUGGCUGCGAGAGCAGAUAGUCCAUGGGGGAGCGCCUGUUUGGCUGGAGCAUGCUGCCCCGCCCUUCAAUGCUGCUGGACACCACCAAAAUGAGGCUCCAGCAGGAGGAAAUGGUGCUGAGAAUGUUGCUCCUGACCAGGCAGCUAACCCACCAGCUGAGAAUGCAGUGGUGGGGGAACACCCCGAUGCCCAGGAUGAUCAGGCAGAAGAGGAGGAAGAGGAGAAUGAGGAGGAAGAUGACGCUGGUGGGGAGGAUGCAGCAGAUGCCAACAAUGGGGCCCAGGAUGACAUGAACUGGAAUGCUUUAGAAUGGGACCGAGCUGCAGAAGAGCUAACAUGGGAAAGAAUGCUAGGACUUGAUGGAUCACUAGUUUUUCUAGAACAUGUCUUCUGGGUGGUGUCUUUAAACACACUGUUCAUUCUUGUUUUUGCAUUUUGCCCUUACCACAUUGGUCAUUUCUCCCUCGUUGGUUUGGGAUUUGAAGAACACGUCCAAGCAUCUCAUUUUGAAGGCCUAAUCACAACCAUAGUUGGUUAUAUACUUUUAGCAAUAACGCUGAUAAUUUGUCAUGGCUUGGCAACUCUUGUUAAAUUUCAUAGGUCUCGUCGCUUGCUAGGAGUCUGCUAUAUUGUUGUUAAGGUCUCUUUGUUAGUGGUCGUGGAAAUUGGAGUGUUCCCUCUCAUUUGCGGCUGGUGGCUGGAUAUCUGUUCCCUGGAAAUGUUUGAUGCUACUCUGAAAGAUCGAGAACUGAGCUUUCAGUCAGCUCCAGGUACCACCAUGUUUCUGCAUUGGCUUGUGGGAAUGGUGUAUGUGUUCUACUUCGCCUCCUUCAUUCUGUUACUGAGAGAGGUACUUCGACCUGGUGUUUUGUGGUUUCUAAGGAAUUUGAAUGAUCCAGAUUUUAAUCCAGUACAAGAAAUGAUCCACUUGCCUAUUUAUAGGCAUCUCCGAAGAUUUAUUUUGUCAGUGAUUGUCUUUGGCUCCAUUGUCCUCCUGAUGCUUUGGCUUCCUAUACGUAUCAUUAAGAGUCUGCUGCCUCAUUUUCUUCCAUACAAUGUCAUGCUCUAUAGUGAUGCUCCUGUGAGUGAACUGUCCCUGGAGCUGCUUCUGCUUCAGGUUGUCUUGCCAGCCUUACUUGAACAAGGACACACUCGGCAGUGGCUGAAGGGGCUUGUGCGAGCGUGGACUGUCACUGCUGGAUACUUGCUGGAUCUUCAUUCCUAUUUAUUGGGAGACCAGGAAGAAAACGAGAACAGUGCAAACCAACAAGUUAACAAUAACCAGCAUGCUCGGAAUAACAAUGCUAUUCCUGUGGUGGGGGAAGGCCUGCAUGCAGCCCACCAAGCCAUUCUCCAGCAGGGAGGGCCUGUUGGCUUCCAGCCCUACCGCCGACCUUUAAAUUUUCCACUCAGGAUAUUUUUGUUGAUUGUCUUCAUGUGUAUAACUUUAUUGAUUGCCAGCCUCAUAUGCCUUACUCUACCAGUAUUUGCUGGCCGUUGGUUAAUGUCAUUUUGGACGGGGACUGCCAAAAUACAUGAGCUCUAUACAGCUGCUUGUGGUCUUUAUGUUUGCUGGCUGACCAUAAGGGCAGUGACAGUGCUGGUGGCGUGGAUGCCGCAGGGACGUAGAGUGAUCUUCCAGAAGGUUAAAGAGUGGUCCCUCAUGAUAAUGAAGACAUUGAUAGUUGCCAUCCUACUGGCUGGUGUCGUCCCACUCCUUCUGGGGCUCCUGUUUGAGCUGGUCAUUGUUGCACCCCUGAGGGUUCCCUUGGAUCAAACCCCUCUUUUUUACCCAUGGCAGGACUGGGCACUUGGAGUCCUGCAUGCCAAGAUCAUUGCAGCUAUCACACUCAUGGGGCCUCAGUGGUGGCUGAAGACCGUCAUUGAGCAGGUUUAUGCAAAUGGAAUCCGGAACAUUGACCUUCACUAUAUCAUUCGAAAGCUGGCUGCCCCAGUGAUCUCUGUGCUCUUACUUUCCCUGUGUGUACCUUAUGUCGUAGCAUCCGGUGUUGUUCCUUUACUAGGUGUUACUGCAGAAAUGCAAAACUUGGUCCACCGGCGGAUUUACCCAUUUUUACUGAUGGUUGUGGUAUUGAUGGGGAUCUUGUCCUUCCAGGUCCGCCAGUUUAAGCGCCUUUAUGAACAUAUUAAAAAUGACAAAUACCUGGUGGGCCAACGCCUCGUGAAUUACGAACGGAAAUCUGGCAAACAAGGCACAUCUCCGCUGCCUCCACAGUUGUCCCAAGAAUAAAGUGGUUGUCUCAGCUACCUUGACCUUCCCCUCGCCUUUACAGGUCCUUUUUUGUGGACUUCUCUCUUUGGAGACUUUUCCCAGUGAUUUCUCAGCGUUGUUUUUAAGUUAAAAUGUAUUUGACUCGUGUUCUCAGCGUUCAGAGCGGCAGUGCAAGGCUCUGCUGCCCUUCCUGCCUCUUCAGCAUUGCCGUCUGAGAGUUGUAUAUGUGUAAAUAGAAGUUCCGGGAUACCCCAAAACCUUGGAUUAAACAGAAUGUGCAUUGUACAUCUUUAAACAAAAUGUAUAUUAAUUUAUUAAAUCUAGUUGUCACUUUAUUUUGGACCUGCUGUGAUCUUAACAGGAAACAUGCCGCAGAGCCAUAGGGCAGAGGCAAGACUAUAAUGACAUCUCCUGCAGCGCAGUGUCAUGUGUUCCUAGCAGUUCGUACUAAGUAAACUGUACAUUCUGUCCGUCUGGGCUGUUCAGAUCUUAGCAAGGACAGAAACGGAAGCAAGUAGAAUCAGCAGUGGAGUGUCUGUGGUAGGAAAACAUGAACUCUGUGCUUCACUGUCAGUCAUUUUUGGAAGUUAUUUUGUAUAACACCAAAGCUGUUGUACAUUUUCUACUGCUUGAUUUCUUUUUCAUGUGUCUGUGUUUGUAAUAUUGUAUAGUAUCUUGUGCUAGAUGAGGAAAUUAUUUUUAAUUUUGAUAAUUUAAUAUCCCUAGUUAUCAGCAUUGGGGGUUGGGUUUUUGUGCUUGUUAGGGGCAUGUCUAUACUUAGAGGGAAAAAAGUCCAGAAGAAGAUUUUUAUGAGUCCUCCCCACCCCCAUACCCAUACGCAGCUAUUUUUUUGGCAGCUGUGGCCAAAAGUUAUACAAGAUCAUAAAUCUUACGGGAUAAUGUCACCACCAGUCCUGAGUCUUACUGGAGUUAGGACACACUGAGAUGUUUGUUAAAUGAAGGUGUGGUUUGUAGUUGUAGCCUGACAGCAUUAGAUUGGUUAGAAUACCCAGUCCUGCUUGCUAGUGCCACAUUGGCUGAGGACUAGGGUACUUUUCUCCUAGUUUUCCAUGAGGAAAUCCCAAAGUUUCCAAAGCUUUUGUUUACAAACAAAACUACAAAUACAACCAACUUGAUUUUAUUUGCCCAGAAGGAAACUGGCUGAACUGGCCUUUUAACAUAGGCGAAUAGAAUGUAUUUUGUUGGAAACAUGCUGUAAAAAUUUCAGAAAACUGAACACUUAUAAACUUGAUUUUUCUCUAAUAACCAAAGCUCCAAGUUAGCAGUGUAGGGAAAUAAUGAGAAUGGUUGGGCACAUGAUCCAACUAUUUAAUGGAUCGUUAAUAUUGUAAGGAGAGUGUUUGUUUUGAAUGAGAACUUAGAAGUUCUCAGAGAAAAUAGACAGCGUCAGUCUUCAGAAUCUAUAAAGGAAUUUCCACAUAGUAUUAAAAUCCAUAGACUCAAAUGAGGAUUUUUAAAACAUGAAAGUCAGCCAAACAUAAGCUACCAAAAUAAAAAGCAAUGUGUUCUAGUUGUUUUCUAUUUCAACAAUUUUCCUGAAGAGGUAAGCAAUUAACUUCACUUUGAGAUAUAUUUUUAAACAUCAGUAUCAAAAAAAAAAAUGCUUGACAUAGGAUUCAGUGUUACACUUCUCAGCACUUUGUAGUAGCCCUUCUCUUGUGUUUGAAAUAGUCUUUGCUAGCCCUGCCUUUACUUAGAAAUUCAGUUCUACUGUGAAAAACUCGGAGCAUUAAAAACGUAAUGCCACCUUUUGUGGUAUAUGUCUAUAGAAAUUGCUCUUUGGGAGAAAAAUAACAAAUUGGGCAUAUAACAAUUUAGGUUUAAUUUUUCAGAGAAGUUGUAGAUAUUAUAUAAAGUAAUUGGAACACAUCUGUUUUAUAAGAAAGAUUUAGGCAGAUUCCACAAAAGAUUAAAAAUUGUUACUCUACAAAAUUUUAAAUCUUAUGAGAUAUUUUGUUAAAAAAAAUACAGAUAUAGAUGAAUGGCUAGCAAGUUGCCCUCCUUUUCACUGGCAGGUAACUUUUCUCUGGUCAUAAGGACCCCUGGGCUUUCCAGUCGUGCUUUGUCCUGCUGUUUUCAGUAAGAUGAGUACAUCUGCAAGGAAAGCCUUUGCUGGCAUAAUACUUAAUUUGGGUAGCACCAAGAUGUUCUUAUUAACUAAUAGUCUUACAAAUAUUUAAAACCUCUAGUGGAGAAUGUGCUAGUAUUGAUGCACUUCUUAAAAAAAGUUUUUUUUUAACAGUGUAGUUUGCUUCAUUUUACAUUGGGCAAAACAGUUUUCAAGGAAGUUAAUUAGGAAAGAAGACCUUUCUGCUUAAUUUUUACUAUUUAUAUAUUGAAGACAAAUCAACAUUUGGGGUUAGUUUUACAUGACCAGUUAUCAAAUGGUCAUAAUAUGAAGUGUGCAGUUGUUUAAUAUUAGCAAAUUAUGUUUGAUUUUAAAACUAUGAAGUACUAAUAGUUGAGAUCAAAACUGAAGAAAAUGCCAAUGUGAAGUUUGUGUACAGCUAGCCUUAAAAAAGCUCCAUGUUUUUAGAUGAUUUUUUCCUGUUAGUUCUCUGGAGAAACAAUGGAGAUUGGACAUCUCAAUUCCAGAUGUAAACAAAAAGUAGUUUUUAUUUCAACAUUUAAUAUAGCUGUUAUUACUGUG